AUGAAGCGAUUCAUUCUAUUAUUUGGGUUUACUUUGGCCAUAAAAUGUUUUGCUGGAGAAGCAAAGGAUGAGCAGAUUCACAAUUGUCCCUUCUGCAUGCUCCCAAUUGACAAUGUUGGACCACCGAAACACCUCGAAAAUGAUACGAUCAGCGGUUUUGGCAUGAACGUCUCGCAGCGUCGAUCGAUGUUCAAAGCAAUGGGCGCUCAUCGCUUUUUCCAACAUCAUCACUCGCACAUCCAUCCACAUCAACAUCAGCAGCCACAUCACCAAAAAAAGAAAAGAUCAAUGAUCUGCACGCGUUUUUCUUGCCGAAAUCUCGCCUCGUUUUCCGUUUUACCGAAAGGAGCUCAAUCGUAUGUAAAUGGAAAAUGGGUGCCAGCUGCUUCCGGAAAAAUCUUUGAUGUCUACAAUCCUUACUCGAAUGAACUCCUUACUAAAGCUCCAGAUUGUGAAGUGACAGAUGCGAAACAAGCAGUGAAAGCAGCUCGCGACGCUUUCGAGCACUGGUCAUUGGGCACAACGGCCAAGCAAAGAGGAGCAAUUCUGCAGAAAUGGGCACAAAUCAUCACCGAGAAAGAAAAAGAAAUGGGAGAGAUUUUGACAAAAGAAAUGGGUAAACCCUGGCCUGAAGCUCGUGGUGAGGUGCUCUUCUCGGCCGGAUAUUUUGAGUGGUACGCCGGAGAGGCGAGGAGAAUCUAUGGACAAAUUGUUCCCUCAGCGUCACCAAAUCGUGAGCAUUUCCAUAUCAGAGAGCCGAUCGGCGUCGUGGCGAUGAUUACACCGUGGAAUUUCCCGUCGGCAAUGAUCGCUCGAAAAGCGUCAGCAGCUUUGGCGGCCGGGUGUUCGGUGAUUGUCAAACCGGCACACGAGACACCGCUGAGUGCACUGGCUUUGGCUCAGACCAGUGAAGAAGCCGGAAUGCCAGCCGGAGUAUUCAACGUUUUGACAACAAGUGCUGAAAAUUUACCGGGCAUUUCCCGCUAUCUCUGUGAAACAACGGAUGUCGAUUGUGUCUCGUUCACGGGAAGUACCCGAGUUGGAAAGCUUCUCCUUUCUCAAUCAGCUUCUACCGUGAAGCGUGUUUGUCUGGAAUUAGGUGGCAAUGCGCCGUUCAUCGUUUUUGAGUCAGCUGAUUUGGAUUUGGCUGUAAAGGGCACAAUGUCAGCGAAAGUUCGCGGAUCCGGCCAAACGUGCGUCUCAGCGAAUCGGAUAUUUGUGCAUGAAAAGAUUCAUGACAAAUACCUGGAUAAACUUAAAGCAGCUGUGGCUCAACAAGUUGUCGGUGAUGGAAUGGACUCAAAGACAACCCAAGGGCCACUGAUCAACGGGAAAGCUGUUGAAAAGGUUGAAUUCCUUUUGGAUGAUGCUUUAAAGAAGGGUGCUCAUUUGGUUUGUGGUGGGAAAAGGACGGCCGCUUCGUGCUUUCAACCAACGAUCAUUACAAACGUUUCCAACAACAUGGAGAUCGCUCACACGGAGAUCUUCGGCCCGAUCAUCGCCAUUCAAUCAUUCAACAACGAGGCUGACGUUUUGCGGAGAGCCAAUGAUUCGAGGGUUGGAUUAGCUGGGUAUCUCUUCUCUCAAAAUAUGGCGCAAAUUCAUCGUGUCACCCGGCGAAUGCAAGUGGGAAUGAUUGGAGUGAAUGAGGGUUUAAUGUCAUGUGUUGAGGCAGCGUUUGGUGGAGUUAAGGAAAGCGGUUUGGGGAGAGAGGGUGGCCCGCAAGGCAUCGACGAGUUCACUCAGUGGAAAUACAUUUGUGUGCAGCAU